AUGCGCUUUUGGUGGCCGCAGCUACGCACCUCCGUCGCCCACUUCUGUCAAUCAUGUGCUACCUGCGCAUCCUUCAAAACGCCCAGCCCCACCCCCCGAGCCCCGGUGCAACCCAUGACCACUGGAUUCCCUGGUGAACGCGUCGGGCUUGACAUCAUAGGGCCGCUCCCCAUCUCCGUCCGCGGCUACGAAUACAUCCUUGUCAUGGUGGACUAUUUCACCAAAUGGGUCGAGGCAACCCCCCUACUCCGACAGGAUGCAACCUCUGUCGCGAACGCCAUCACGCGCACAUGGAUAAGCCGCUGGGGCGCCCCGUUAGCGUUCCAUUCAGACUGCGGCAGCAAUUUUGACUCCCAGUUAUUGAAAGAUGUCUGCGACACCCUUCAGAUACACAAAACACGUACCACACCUUACCACCCGGAAGGAAACGGCCUUGUAGAACGCACGAAUCGCACGCUGCACAACCUCCUACUUGCUUUCUCUAAGGACAGCCAUGAGCACGACUGGGACAUACACCUGCCUUUCUGUCUCUUAGCCUACCGUGGCUCUGUCCAUUCCUCCACCGGUUUCACUCCCCACUACCUAUGGACCGGGCGAGACAUACGCCUGCCGAUUGACCUCCUCUACCCCUUACCCAGACCCGACGCAACCACCCCACACGAUUACGCCACACGCUUACGCGAGAUCAUCCGUAGCGCACAUAACGCGGCCCGGACGACCCUAGGGAGUUCAUCACUCCACCAGAAAGAACAACAUGACCGACAUUCAUCCGGCACUACGCAUCAGAUUGGUGAUCUUGUCAUGUAUUACAACCCUUCACACCCCCGCGGAACGUCCGCCAAGUUCCAUUACCCCUGGCAAGGACCCUUCGUUGUGUUAGACACCCCCUCUCCCACCACCCUGCUUAUCCGUGAUGCCAUCUACCCCAACGCCCGCCCCCUUACCGCACACUUUGAUAAGCUUAAGCCCUACCGAGGUCGCCUACCAACCUGCUCACCCGACUCCUUACCCAUACUCCCUGCUGACCAGGGCCCCCGGUCGCUAUCGAGGUCACCGUCCCACCACCCCUUGUCGAUCUCAGCACUGAGGACAGUGCUCCACCUUAGGGGGAGGGCUAUGUAA